AUGAUUGAAGAAAUUGUCCAGAUUGCUCGGGAAAGAAAAGAUUCAGAAGAUCUACCGGCUCAAGAAAACAAAUUUGAAGCCCUGUUAGCGGAAAAAGCAGCUGUUGUUCCUGACACGAACUCUUUGGCAAUCAACCGAAAAGUCGCGCCAGCUCAAGAGAUAGAGCGAGAGCAAGAGUCCACGAAGAAGAACACCGAUAAUUCCGCCGCUGACAAGAGUUCUUCUUCAACUGGCGAAUCGGAGAACGACGCUUUCAAAUUCUAUUUAGCGGCCUCUUUCUUCGGUGCUCUGGCGCUGGGGACUGUGCUUUAUCUCAAAACGCAAUAA